CUGCCGACCGCCGGAGGCUCGUCGCCCCGCCUAUGCCCUCCGAAUCGCCGCGCCUCUCCUCGCCGCCGCCGUCGCCAUGGGGGACCUCGCUUCCACCUGCAAGGAUAAGCUAGCCUACUUCAGGAUCAAGGAGCUCAAAGACGUGCUGAUCCACCUCGCCCUGCCCAAGCACGGAAAGAAGCAGGAUCUCGUCGAUAGGAUCCUCAUGCUAGUCUCCGACGACCAAGGCCAGUGGCAUUUUGGGCGGGGCAAGAAAAAUGUUCCGAGCAAGGAGACCGUAGCAGGAGUAGUCGAUGAUAUAUACAGGAAGAUGCAAGUUCAUGGUCCUCCAGACCUGUUCCCCCAGAGACAGGUUGCCCCAGAUUUCAGUUUUCUGAAACUCCAAAAAGAACAAGAGCACCCUUGCCACCCGGGCGCUAAUAACUCUCGCUGCGUCUGUGGUCAAACGUUUCUUCUGGGGAAUCUGGUCAAGUGUGAAGACUGCCAAGGGCAGCAGCAUGCGGACUGUGUACAAAUCCCAGAGAAGCCUACAGGGAGGCCUGAAGUUCCUGCACAUUUCUAUUGCCAAUUAUGUCGGCUAAAACGAGCAGACCCAUAUUGGGUCACUACUGGAAAUCUAUUGCUACCUGUGAGAUUGAUGUUCUCGAAUGUUGCAAAUGAUGGAACGAAUGUUUCUCAGAGUGUUGAUAAAACAUUUCUACUUUCUCGAGCUGAGAGGGAAAUUGUUCAGAGAGCUGAAUAUGAUAUUCAGGUCUGGUGUAUGCUUCUAAAUGACAAGGUUCAGUUCAGGAUGCACUGGCCUCAGCAUGCAGAAUUACAAGUGAAUGGUAUAGCGGUGCGAGUAGUUCUCAGACCUAACUCUCAGUUACUAGGGAUUAAUGGACGGGAUGAUGGUCCAGUGAUAACAACCUUUUGCCAAGAAGGACAAAACAAAAUACUUCUAUCAUGUGUUGAUGCUCGACCAUUUUGUAUUGGGAUCAGAAUCGCCAGGAAGAGGACAGUUGAGCAGGUUCUAAACUUGGUGCCGAAGGAAGCUGAUGGCGAGUCUUUUGAGGAGGCUCUUGCUCGUGUUUGCCGCUGUCUCAGAGGUGGAAAUACUACAGAUGAUGCUGAUAGCGACAGCGAUUUGGAAGUGGUUGCUGAUUUCUUUCCAGUCAGCCUACGUUGUCCUAAUAGUGGAUCCCGGAUAAGGACAGCAGGAAGGUUCAAGCCUUGUGUCCACAUGGGCUCUUUCGAUCUGCAAACUUUUGUGGAACUGAAUCAACGGUCACGGAAGUGGCAAUGUCCAACAUGUCUAAAGAAUUAUUCUAUUGAGAGCAUGAUCAUUGAUCGGUAUUUCAAUCGGAUCACUUCACUGGUUCAGAAUUGCAGUGAGGAUGUUACUGAUGUAGAUGUGAAGCCUGAUGGCUCUUGGCGUGUAAAGGGUGUUGUUGAAGAUACAAAAUUAUCUCAGUGGCACCUGCCUGACGGUUCCCUUUGCAACCUGAAACAAGAUACUAAACCUGUUGCUGGGGAUGCAAACCAGUUUAAGAAAGGUGCUAGUUAUGAUGGGUCUGAAAGUUCAAAAGUUGGCAGAAAGGGAUAUCUUGAUCUUAAUGGUUUGUGGGAAAUUCCUAAAGGUGAUGACAUAAAGCCCUCGAUCCCUAUGAGCAGUAGCCAUACUGGGAUUUGCAGGGAUGGGGAAUACCAAAGUGUGAGCGAGUGCAGCACACACUUUGGUCUAUCUUCAAUUAAUGGACAUGAUUUAGAUGGUUUUCCUGACAAGUUUGGUCAGUUGUACAGAGAUGAUGUGAGACCACAGGAACAGCUUAUGGAUGCAGAUGUUAUUGUUCUUAGUGACUCCGAUGAGGAAAAUGUUGCGACUGCGUCUCCACCAGCUGCCUAUAACGAUGGCGGUGGUUUGGGUUUUACACUAGGAGUUGCUGAAAAUUACCAGGAGGGUGGUGCUGUUGGGGGUAGUGGCCUUGGUUUGUUCAACCACAACAGUGAUAUUUUUGACAUAAAUUCCUGGUCCCAACCGGAGCAAGGAUUCUAUUUAUUUGGAGCUGAUACUUUAGUUGAUUCACGUAAUUCGUCUGAUGCAGCACCAAAUGCUUAUACCCUUGACUGCAAUGCUGGCUCUAGUGAUACUUCUAUGGUUCAAGAUCUUUCUACUUAUCGUGCCCGCACCAUAAGCUUUGUUGAUAACCUUUUGCCUUUCGAGGAUGAUGAUUCUUCUUUGCGGAUUUUUCUUCCUAGUCAACCAUCUAGUGUUCCCCUUCAGGAAGUACGGAAUGAGCGCAAUAACAUGUCAGAUGGGGUCCAGCCUGAUGAUUGGAUAUCUCUUACACUUGCAGCAGGUGGAGGUGGUACUGAACAGUCUGAGCCAGCAGUUACGGUGAACCCACAACCGCAGAUUCCAGUGAAGGAGAGAAGCGUGGAACCAUCGAGUGAUGCUGCAGCAAGUUCGCUUCUCAGCUUGAAUGAUGAUGAUCCAAGGGCUGCAAGUAUAUUUUGUCAUCCACGGCAGCCCCGAUCUGUUAGGCCUCGACUGCGGUUAUCAAUUCCCACUGAUUCUGAGUAGUUAUGCCUUGUUACUUUGGAUAGCUGACAUGUACUUCUGGCCAAUGUAAAGAGGAAACCAACCAACAUGAAUAUUUUCUUAGUUUAACCUGCUGUACAAACAAACUACAGAAGUUUCAAGUGGUGGACAAUGUGGAUACACAUAGAAGACAUCUGAUGACAUACUCUCUAACAGGAACUGAAGGAUUGGCGGAAUUUUGUGGCAGCAUAAUGUACAUUUGAACUGAAUCUUACUGGGUAUACGGACUGGUGGGUUAACUUAUGCCCAAUGGAAGGCAGAUACAUGUGUGUCAUCAAGUGUAAUUAGGGGUUCACUUGGUAAUUUAGUGGCCCCUACCCUAGUAUUUACAGAUAGUGGUGAAUUUUUUUCACGAUGGUUGAAUUACUACAACAUAUAGAGUGGGAUUUCCAUUACCUGGCAAUAUAGUAAUUUUUAUGCAACA